CGCGGCAGGAAGCGGCCGCCCCGCUCCGCGCCGCGAUGUCGAAGCGCCUGAGGAGCAGCGAGGUGUGCGCGGACUGCAGCGCGCAGGAUCCUUGUUGGGCAUCCAUAAACAGGGGAAUUCUGAUUUGCGACGAGUGCUGCAGCGUUCACCGGAGUUUGGGGCGUCAUAUCUCUCAAGUGAGACAUCUCAAGCACACACCAUGGCCUCCAACACUGCUGCAGAUGGUUGAAACGCUGUAUAAUAAUGGUGCUAACUCCAUAUGGGAACAUUCACUGCUGGACCCUGCUUCUGUAAUGAGUGGAAGGCGCAAAGCUAACCCUCAGGAUAAAGUGCAUCCCAACAAAGCUGAGUUCAUUAGAGCUAAAUAUCAAAUGUUAGCAUUUGUUCAUCGCUUACCCUGCCGUGAGGAUGACAGUGUAACUGCCAAAGAUCUCAGUAAGCAACUCCAUUCCAGCGUGAGGACGGGGAACCUGGAGACGUGUUUGCGACUGCUCUCCUUGGGAGCCCAAGCCAACUUCUUUCAUCCUGAGAAAGGAAACACCCCACUCCACGUUGCUGCUAAGGCAGGACAGACUUUACAAGCAGAGUUAUUAGCAGUGUAUGGUGCUGACCCUGGCACACAGGAUUCCAAUGGAAAAACUCCAGUUGACUAUGCAAGACAAGGUGGACACCAUGACCUGGCAGAGCGCCUGGUAGAAAUUCAGUAUGAGCUCACUGACAGGUUAGCUUUCUAUCUCUGUGGCAGGAAACCAGAUCAUAAAAAUGGACAGCACUUUGUUAUACCUCAGAUGGCGGAUAGCAGUCUGGAUUUAUCAGAACUUGCAAAAGCAGCUAAGAAGAAGCUUCAGUCUCUAAGCAACCACUUAUUUGAAGAACUUGCCAUGGAUGUGUAUGAUGAAGUUGACAGGAGGGAAACAGAUGCAGUUUGGCUUGCUACUCAGAAUCAUAGUACUCUUGUGACAGAGACCACAGUGGUCCCUUUUCUUCCUGUAAAUCCUGAAUACUCCUCAACCAGAAAUCAGGGAAGGCAGAAACUGGCUCGGUUUAAUGCUCAUGAGUUUGCUACACUAGUUAUAGAUAUUUUAAGUGAUGCCAAACGAAGACAACAGGGGAAUCCUCUCUCUGGUUCAAAAGAAAAUGUGGAACUGAUACUCAAAUCAAUCAGCAAUCAACAUAGCAGUGAAAGUCAGGAUAAUGACCAGCCUGAUUAUGACAGUGUUGCUUCAGAUGAAGAUACUGAUCUGGAAACAAAUGCAGCUAAAUCAACAAGGCAGAAGAGCCUGGAUUCAGACUUGUCAGAUGGACCAGUCACAGCCCAAGAGUAUCUGCAAGUUAAAAAUGCACUGGUGGCUUCUGAGGUAAAGAUUCAGCAGCUAAUGAAAGUGAACAUCAACUUGAGUGAUGAGCUGAGGAUCAUGCAGAAAAAGCUUCAAACGCUACAGAGUGAAAAUACCAGCCUCAGAAGACAGGCCACAACAAAUAUAUAUCAGGUCCAAGCUGGUUCUGAAUACACAGACCCCAGCAGCAGUUCUUCCUUAAAGCGACGGCCGUCUGCACGGGGUAGCAGGCCCAUGUCCAUGUAUGAGACUGGAUCGGGUCAGAAACCCUACCUCCCCAUGGGAGAGGUCACAUACCCAGAAGAAAGCAUAACAAGACUGCAGCCUUUUCCUCCACACAUCGGGAGGAGCGCGUUUGUGACCUCCUCUUCAUCUCUACCUUCCUUCCCCUCCACGCUUUCCUGGUCAAGGGAUGAAAGCACACGAAGGGCCUCAAAGCUGGAAAAGCAGAGCAGUGUGCCUGAGAGCGACUAUGAUAACACCACUGCCCCUCUGGAGCUGGAGGAGACGGGGUCGGGCAGGAAGGGAAGGCAGAGGAGUGUCGUUUGGCAGGGAGAGGGGUCCAUCCCUGAGGACACCGACACAGCCCCCAGCUCCAGUUUGCCCAGUACAGAAGAUGUGAUUCGGAAGACUGAGCAGAUCACUAAGAAUAUUCAGGAACUGCUGCGUGCAGCACAGGAGAACAAGCACGACAGCUAUAUACCAUGCUCUGAGAGAAUACACGUGGCAGUGACAGAAAUGGCAGCCUUGUUCCCAAAAAAACCCAAAUCUGAGCUGGUAAGGACUUCUUUGCGCCUGCUGACAUCUAGUGCCUACAGACUCCAAUCCGAGUGCAAAAAAACCCUUCCAGUGGAGACGUGUCCCACGACAGACAUCCAGCUGGUCACACAGCAGGUCAUCCAGUGCGCCUACGACAUCGCCAAGGCUGCCAAGCAGCUGGUUACCAUCACAACCAAAGAGAACAACAACUGAGUCACACUCGGCUUUUUUUGUUGUUGUUUUAGAGGUUGGAUUUCAAAUAUAGGUGUGGAACUGUUUGGAUUUUUAUGAGGAAAAACUAAAGGGGCAAGAAACCUCUUUUUGUUUUUUGUUUUUUUUUUUUAAACUCAGUAUUAUUUUUGCAUGUUUUCUAACAAUUUUAAUGAUUAAUUUAACCCACUGCCUUAUUUUGUGCCUGUGUUGCCAGUUUAGUUACAAAUAGUAGCAUGUUGCAAAUAGCUGUUGAGCCAAUAUCACGUACCAGCAUUGUAUCAAGCUCUUGCUAGAUGUUUCCUUGGGGCCACUUGCUGCUUUCAGAUAUUGCUUGCCAAAUCCCCACCGAAGACAACUGCACAUAUCAGAGGGCAGGAUCUCACCCUGCUCUGUCCAUCCUGGAGCCUCGUGUGCAGUGCUGCUGCUGCUGAUGGAGAAACCUGCAGUGAAGCGGGCUCUGAAGGCUCCAGGACAACUGCUCACCAGCAGCAGGAUGCUUGUAGUCCUGGUGAUGGAGUACCAGCCAGACUUGACCCGUUCCCAUCAACUGUUGUGCAAUAACAGUACUUUUUUAGUCUGCUGAAACAAGAGUAGCUGUGGGCAUCCAAGCUUGUUACAUGUAACUAUACAAGGUCUUUGUCACUUUAUCUGUUUUGGAAGGAAUUUGAAUAGUUAUUUCUUUUAGUUGUCACUAUGCCGUUAAUAUAUAUGUUUGAUGUUACUUUAGGGCAUUAGUGGUUAAAAUAUUAUCCUUUGUUUCUGGCUCAGUAACUCAUUUUUAAGUUUCCUAUGGAAUUUCUCUGUCAUCUUCAAGGCAACGCCAUGGUUGCAGCAGCAUCGAUGAAGUUUCACUGAAGAUUUGUGAUUUAAAAGGAAGAAAAAAAAGGAAGUUACAGUGCCAGUUAAAAGAAGCUGUGUCUGCCAUAGCAUAUAACCUCUGUACCUCACUGUACCCAAAUGUGAAAAGAUUUCUUAUAUCCCAUAAGUUUUGUGCAAAGCAUUCAGUAUUUGUCAGGCUGUAUGCUGGAUAACCCGUGCUAGGCUGCCUUUCACAGAGGUACACAGGGGUAAACAUCCACGUGCAUGUCAGCUUUUUCCAGUUCAUGAAACUUCAAAAAAAAAAAACCCACAUAUAAGACCAUAAUUACCAAAAAAAUCUAAACUGCAUGGAAAAAAAGAGCUAACUUCUGCCUCCUUGCAUCCUCCUAGGAAGCACGCUGUGAUGCUGGAGGAGCCCGCAGCAGUUCAGCUGGCAGCCAGUUCAUUGUAUGCAGGAGAGAAGCUGCAGAGCUGUAGCAGCUGUCACGUGUCAGCAGUUGAGGAGAACAUUCAGACAGCUUUCACAGAAGCAUCUGAGCCAGGGCCGGCUGUCUGCUGUGUGACAAACAGGGCACAGAGCCUGCCAGCAAGGCUUCCUGCUGCAAAAACUGCCGUGUGGAGGUUAGCAAACAAACUUCAGCCAUGCCUUCCUUUUCAGGUCAGGCUGUAUGGUGUAUAAACAGAGCGCCUGGACGCUGUGGGGUUCCUGGAUGUUGUGCUUAGCUCCUUUUUUUAAGUAGCCUGAGUUGGGAACUGAGGGUUGAUGACAAUCCAGUCAAUUAAUCUCCAGCAGGGUGACUUUUUAUUCCCCCUUUCUAUGCUUUCCCUAAGCUCACAGGAAUGCAGACAGGCUGGGAUUAGAACCAGAAGAGACAUCUUGAAAACUACCUUCCAAAUUACGCUGCUGGCACUUAAAUACACUGAUAAUCUGCUGGGAGCUUGUUCUGAACUUGGCAUCAUUGAAAGGUAGCAGACAGCAUUUUUAAAUCUCUCAGGCCAGGGCUGCAUGCUUCCCUUUCACACACCUUACCUGGUUUCCAAAGCUGGGUGACCCUGAGUUUCCUUGUAGGUGUCACUUCACACCUGUACCAAACAAAGGGACACUGCAGCAGCUGACAGCCCUUGCUCCAGGUUUUCCUAGGACUCACUGGAAGGUCUAGCUGUAAGAACAUGGCCACCUGUAAUGGAUUGAUUUGGCCUUCUGGCACAUCAGCAGUAUUUCUGGUAGUUUCCACCAUCUCUGAACAAAUGUUUACUCUAGGUUGGUCCUCACCACACCACAGCACUGCCCCAGAACAACGCACAUGAUGUGGGAUGUGCAGAUCUCAGAUUCCAUCAGUAGAACAGAGGCAGCCUGGGCAAAGGCUUAUGUGCUGUGUCAGAUCUUUACACAGAGUGGCACAGCUGUGGAACUGUGGAGCAGUAGCUGAGCCCCCAAAUCCUACAGCACUGCAGGUCAGAAGAUUCAUAAAACUCUUGGUUUUGUUGUGUUGUUUUCUAAGGAGAUGUCCUUUUUUUCCCCCCCUUGUAAACAACUUUGCUCUUUCUUUACAAUAUGCUGCAUAGGAAAGUAAAAAUUCUUUUGCCUUUUCCAAAACUUGUAUUUUUCAGUGUCAUGCUGUCUGAUUUAAUCUUUUGUUUACUGUAUUACUAUAAAAUGCUAAAACCUUU